GCGCACAGACCCGCCUCAGCUCAGCGCGGCUCCACUGCCACUGGAGGCGCAGCGCCGGGAUGCGGUGCGUGUCUCUGCCUUUUGUGCGGGUUCGGUGCUUCGAUCUGAGCUGCGAAAAACAAACUAGCUUCACGAUACAGAGAAGUUACUCUUGGGUUGCACAUGAGCCGAAUACCGUGGACAGAUGAGAGGAGAAAGUGGAUUUAGAGUAAGCGGAUCAACUUCUGUUGGAGACGGUCUGCUCCGAAUUGCUGUUGUGGGGCUCGUUGUGCUGCAGGUUGCAGCCUUUUCCUCUUGGAUGGAAAGCCUGCCAUUCAUCUCCAUUGUAGUUGUUAAGCUCUGCUGCCCUUGGAGACCACAGGGGACAGUUGGGGAAUGUGGUGUCUGGGCUUCCAAGAUAGAUUCCCUUAGGAGUAAAGUGGACUUGCUGCGCAUCCCUCUGCCUCUUUCCUCUAAGUCCAUCAGCAACCACAAAAGCCAUCUGGGUGUAGUUUGGGAGAAGGACACGGGGCCAGGAGGGGCCCAGAAACCCCGUCCAGCAAAAGCCUCUGACAUGGACAACGACUCGAUUUACUCAAGCUACUCCUACAAGUCAUCCCACUCAAGAAGCUCCCGCAAACGCAGAGAGAGGAGAGACCGGUACCGCUCAAAGAGUCAUGACAGCCGCCUCCGUGGAGAUAAAUUGAUGACCAUCCAGGCUCCAGGAGAGCUGCUGCUGGAUGAAGAGUCCACCAGAGGAGACGACAGGGUCAGAGAUGAUAACUGGGGUGAAACCACCACGGUGGUCACCGGCACCUCUGUGGACAGCAUCUCCAACGAGGACCUGACGCGGAUUUCUAAGGACCUUGAGCAGUCUUUGCCACUGGAUUGCCACCAUUACCUCAGCCUGGCCCUGGGUGUUGUUCUGGGGGUCUUCUCUCUGGUCACGCCUCUGGCCUUCUUGGCCCUCCCACAGCUGUUCUGGCGAGACUCAUUGGACCCUUGCGGCACACCAUGUGAGGGGCUUUACAUUUCUGUUGCCUUCAAGCUCCUGAUCCUUCUCAUGUCCACAUGGGCUCUGUUUCUCCGCUCGCCUAAAGCCACUCUGCCACGCUUCUAUGUCUUCCGCUGCCUGCUGCUGGCUCUGGUCUUCCUCUUCGUGGCAUCUUACUGGCUCUUCUAUGGAGUUCGGGUCCUGGAGCCCAGAGAGACGGACUACCGGGGAAUUGUGGGAUAUGCAGCGUCUCUGGUGGAUGUCCUCCUCUUCAUUCAGUACCUGGCCCUGGUGCUGCUGGAGGUCAGACACCUGCAGCCUGCUUUCUGUCUGAAGGUUGUGAGGACCACAGACGGAGCCAGCCGCUUCUACAGUGUAGGACAUCUCAGUAUUCAGCGAGCAGCAGUGUGGGUUCUGGACCAGUACUACAGUGACUUCCCAGUAUAUAACCCUGCCCUGGUCAACCUACCCAGAGCUAUCCUUACUAAGAAGAUGUCUGCCUUUAAGGUCUACAACCUAGAGGAAGAGAAUGGCACCAAUAACUGUACAGGGCAGUCCAGAGCCAUGAUCACAGCCACAGCUCAGAGAAGAGACAACUCCCACAACGAGUACUACUAUGAGGAGGCAGAGGUGGAGCGGAGGGUUCGCAAACGCAAGGCCAGAUUGGUGGUCACAGUGGAAGAAGCCUUCACCCACAUCAGGCGUCAUCAGGAAGAAGAGAUGACCUCAUCCUCCCCCAAACACCCCCGGGAGCUGAUGGACCCCAGGGAGGCAGCGCAGGCCAUCUUUGCACCCAUGGCGCGGGCCAUGCAGAAGUACCUCCGUGCCACCCGGCAGCAGUCGUACCACAGCAUGGAGAGCAUCAUCAACCACCUGCAAUUCUGCAUCACUCACAACAUGACCCCCAAGGCUUUCCUUGAGCGAUACCUCAGCUCAGGUCCCACCCUCCAGUACCUGGACAACAGCAGGGGGCACCAGUGGACGCUGGUGAGCGAGGAGCCUGUGACGGCCUCUCUGCGCCAGGGUCAGGUCUUCUCGCUGAAACGCCUGGACUUCUCCCUCGUCGUCACGGUGACGUCCCUUCCCUUCCUCCAUCUGGGCGAGGAGUUCAUUGACCCCAAAAGUCACAAGUUCGCCAUGAAGCUCCAGUCAGAGACGUCUGUGUAGGAGGGCGGAGAUGAAUAAUACUGUAGCUGAAAGACAGGAGGAGGACAGUGAAUCAAAGAUACUAGUGUCAGUGUUUUCAGGUUUUGUUUUUAUACCUUUUGAUAUUACAUAGUUGUUUUUAAUGCUUUUAUUUGUUAAAUAUGCAAAGUGGACAUUAGUAAAGCAUCAUAACCUUAUGAGGCAAGGCAACAGAAAUGCCACGCGUUGUCUGACCUUGUUCCUCAUUUGUUUUUAGUGAACAAGCACAAAAUGACACUCGCCUCUAAAUGCUGACUGUUACACACUUUCCACUGAGGAAGGCUGUUCUUUAAUAGUAGUUUGCCAAGUGUUCCCUUUGGCUUAAAAAGGAAUGGCAACUUGAGUUUAUACAUUAGAUUUAGUCACACUUUUAAUUCAUGCAACAUUAAUACUGCAUGAAUAUACCACUGUGGGAUGUCAAUCACAUGUGAAGGGACACCGCACAGCUAACAUUUCUCAUGUACAAUCAAGACUUGAUAAGCUAUUUUAGCCGACUCUUUAUCGAGCUGAUCUCACUUCUCAUUUCCAUUUUACUUGAAGUUCUUGUUUGCUGACAGUUUGGCCUUUGUGGGCUAUAAAAAGGUACAGAAAAAGUCAACUGAACAGACCCCUGACCCAUGGACAGAGUCAAAGGUAGAUGAAACUGCUUUUGAACUGCUGCUUCCAUUUUCAAUUCCACUGAAUAGUUUACUGAAAAGUGGAUAUAGGUACUUUCUAGUCAAAGUAUAAAGUAAGAAACACUGGAUGGCCAUGAGGCACUGGGGUUUCAUCAACACACUGCUUUGUUUUUCCCCUGUUUAGUUUUUGUUUUCCUGUACUUCUCAUUUUGGAGUUUGUAUGACUCACACUCAUGUAC